ACCAGACCUGGUCAGCAGUCAAUUAGCAGUGAAUAAAAAUAUGGAUCACACGUUUUCCCAAUUCAAAAUAUUUUCUUCGUCUCUCCCUCUCCCCAAGCUCUUCUCAACUCGUUGUCUCUCACUGCGAUCUAUCAGGGCAAAAAGUCUUCUCUGGGUUACUGUUCUUCAUCGCCUUCUUCCUUUCUAUUUAACCUAUUUCUACCAACCAAGUAAUGCAGUUGCAGAUUUUCUCUCAUCAGAACUUAGAAGAAGAGAUAAUCCACACAAUAACCGUGUCAAAUUCUGCACUACCUUUUCAUCCAAACCUUCUAGAUAUCUUCUUUAUACCACAAAAAAGGACAUCACAAGGAAAGGGAAGAUCAACAAAAUAAAGCGGAAGAAAACUAAGGAGAAGCCUGUAUGGAUUUUCUCCUCUCCUGCUAUUCCUCUCUGACCCUAAGCUUUUUCCUGUUAAUAAUCUUCACAGGCGUUUCAGGGACCAUAUUAACGGUUGUGAACAACUGCGACUACACAGUUUGGCCAGGAAUCUACAAUGCGGGCGGGCCCAUAUUAGAUAGUAGAGGUUUCGAGCUUACACAGGGCAGCUCUCGUUCCUUUCAGGCUCCAACAGGCUGGAAUGGCAGAUUCUGGGGCAGAACAGGCUGCAACUUUAACGCGUCUGGUCAGGGCAGCUGUGCAACCGGUGGCUGUAGGUCCGGUCAGAUCGAAUGCAACGAUAUGGAUUUGGCCACGCCGGUGACGAUGGCCGAGUUCUCGCUUGGCCUUACUAAUGGUCAGGACUCCUACGACAUUAGCCUGGUUGAUGGGUUCAACCUAUCCAUGCGCAUUGAAGGAAGGGGAGGACAGGGUACGUGUUUAUUCCCGGAGUGCGUGAACGAUUGAAGGGUUGGAGAAGGCCAGGCAUGUAAGAAUGCUUGUAUGGCGUUUGGAACCCCAGAAUACUGCUGCAGUGGUGAGUUCAAUACGCCUGCGACAUGCCGGCCGUCGGUAUAUUCGGAGAUCUUCAAGUCGGCAUGUCCGAAAUCGUAUAAUUACGGGUAUGACGACGUACUAGUUCGUUUACAUUUAAGGGAGCAAAUUAUGCUGCCACGUUCUGCCCUUCUCCUUUGACAAGGUAAGGAACGAAGAUAAGUGAGGAUGAAACACAAGAUUAAUCUGGGUUCUGUUAGAUCCAUAAAAAAUCUCAGAUGGAUAUCCGUUUUGGGGUUUCUAUUUUUAUGGUCAAAAACAUUUUAACUCUCAAAAUGCUUCCUUUUCUUUCUGAUUUUUGAGUAUUUUCUUGCAUCAAAUCAAUAUUCCACUUGAUGUCCAUAUUCAGAUUCUCCUUCCUUUUUCUUUGGUUAGAUUUGAUCUGUUGUGAUGCUUCUCCUUUACUGGUCUUAUUACCGUUUUUCUCUUACACUUUUUAGCUUCUCUCUCUCUCUUUCUCUCUCUAACUUGCUUUGUGACUUUGUCUAUCCACUUCUUUUCAGUUUUCAUAAGUUUACACAAAAACUUAAACAGCUGAAACUGAUUUGCUCAA